AUGGAAGACGGACAAAGACGGACGAUGACCAUAAAAAAGAUCACUGAGUCCGCGAUGGAGCGCAUGGAGGCUCUAUUCAAGCCGAUAGAAAACCUCAAAAAGAUCGGAUUCAUUCACGACGAAAUGACCAACACAAGAACGAUAAGGGCCCAAAGAAGAUCACUGGGUACCCGAUGGAACGCAUGGAGGCUCUUUUCCAACCCAUACCAGACUUCAAAAAGAUCGGAUUCAUCCGCAACAGAACGUCUUAUACGAGGACUAUACAAGCCGAAAAUUUUAGUGAAUCAUUAUAAGGCUGCCCUGGUCAAGGGCCUUCAAUUGGCUGAUCCGCCCAGUCCUCAGUCUCUUCCAGGGUUGACUACAGUUCUGCGACCUUCUGCACAGCAAACGUAUGUCCCCACUCAGGUGCCUAAGAAAAAAAAACCUAAGAGUAUUCAGGGUUCAAAUAACUCUAGUUCUUGUCCCAAAUCUGCUGGUGCCAUUACCAAGAAGAAAAUUUAUUUUGUCAGCAACCAUGACAACUCAGUUACAUGUGAUAGAUUAACUGUUUACAUAAAAUCAUGUAAGGCUAAUGUAUUAAGUUGCUUUGAAGCUAAAUCUCGCUUUGGGAAAGGCUUCAGAGUUUGUGUUGUUUCAUGA